AUGUCUGAGGAACAACAGUAAUAUUGGCCCAUUUUCACGGAGUAGGAUGACACCAAAAAAUUCUGGAACAAGAAGUCCUCUAAUUUGGACAAAUAUGCUAUAAUCUAUCAGCAGCCAAUGUACAGAAUUAGUUGGAAAAGUAACAAGCCUACUGAAUAUGAAUUUUUAUUGAAUGAUGAAGGAGUGCUGUUUUAUAAGCAAGGUAAUAAGGUCAAGGGACAUGUUUAAUUAAACGAAGACAUCAGUCUGAAAUUGAUUGAUCUCAAGAUCUCGAGCAAGAAAGCAGAAGCUGUUAAGGUCAUCAGGAUUAAGAGAACUAAGGACAUCUUUAUCUACAUAUGGAAUAAAGAUUAGUACUUUAUAGUCCCAUUCUUAAUUUUAGUUCGUAUACUUUUCAGUUUCUGAAACAUUUAUGUUAAUUCUGUUUUGUUCAAAAUUUGGAUUAGUUGUACACUCUGCAAGAUGUGAUUGGAAAAGGCGGAUUCUCCAAAGUGUAUACUCUAACUCCCAAUAUCCGACUGCCUAACCAGCCCUUCAAUUAUGCAGGUAAGGUCUAUAAUAAAAACGAAUUGUUAUCUAAAAAGGACCUUAAAAAGUUCUAUCACUUUAUUCGAAAUGAGUGUUAUGUGUUAAAAAGAAUCAAUUUCCCGUACGUGCUCAAAUUGUGCGAGAUUAUACAACUGGAUGAACUCCUAAGUAUUAAUGUAAUGUAUACCAAUUUAGUCUUAGUAACUGAAUAUAUCAAAGGAGGAUCCCUGUAUCAAUACUUGAAAGAGAGAAAGCAAUUGACAGAAAUGGAAUCUAUUCAGAUCUUGCAGAAAUUGGCAUUAGGCUUGCAAUAAGUUCACAAGUAAUGCACUCUUUUUCUAUUCUUUAAGUCUGGGGUAUGUUCAUCGAGACAUUAAAUUGGAGAAUGUGCUUAUCGACAAAGAUUAGUUGAAAUUGAUUGAUUUUGGAUUUGCAGAGAAAAUAUGCAGAGAUAGAUUGAUCAACGGUCAAGGAACAGCUGGUUACAUUGCACCUGAAGUGUUUAUGAAAUAACCAUACCAAGAAGUAGGUGACAUCUUUAGUUUAGGAGUGAUAUUCUAUUCAAUGUUAUCUGGUAAGGCACCAUUUAGAUCAAAUACUUAUGAUGCCUUACUAAAAUUAAACAAGGAAUGUCAAAUCGACUUUUCAGAAUAGAGAUUCCCGAAUGUCAGCCAAAAAACUAUGCAUCUUUUAAAAGCUAUGUUAUAAAAACAACCAGAAAACAGAAUCAAUGUUUAGGAUCUCUUAAAUCAACUCACUGCUAAUUAGAUCUUCUCUCCUUCUCAUAACAUCCCUUCAACUUAAUCAAUAGUGGAGGGUUCAGUUGGCAUAAGCUUUAAUCAUUUGCAAUCAAAAAACACUCUAAAAUCUUUUUAUCAGCAUAGUCAAAACUCAUUUAUUGAAAACAAUAGUCAAGGCUCUUAACAAAAACCAUCGAAAAACCUUAGGGAUAGACGAUAUAAGAGUCAGAGCAUGGAUAAAAAAGGUAUGCUUUUGAAAUCCUCUUCUUUCAAACCAUCGCUUAAGAGCAUUUAUCAAAUUAAAAUUGAGCAAUCUGAGGAUAACAUUUCUAUGGCAGAUUAUGAGUAACCAAUACCAGAAGUCAGUCUUCAAUUUCUCUAAACUUCUUAUCAAACACUAAAUUGCUAAAAGUUUAUUUGA